AUGCAAACUAAAUUCACAAGGGCAAUCGACGAAAUUAGAAAAAAAUUCCCCGGCCUAGAUCCUGACGUCGAUGCGUACCUUGAAGGCAUAAUAACCGAGAACGGUGAUCAUUUUGAGUCACCUGAUGAAGUGUAUGAAGCUGUCGGAAGUUUCCUUGAAGAAACGGCCGAGGGCUGCAGUCUUUCAGAUAUUCGGCAGUGCUGUACACGAAUUUUCGAAAUACUGCACCCAAAUGGCAAUUUGGCCUCUCAAGUAGAACUAGAUGAGCCUGUUCACCUUGCAUCACUAGUCAACAACUUCAAUCAGCGUGUCAUCGACACCUCGAGUAUUUGGAUGGCCAGACGUGAGAUACCAACCACUGUCGAUCAGAGGAAACUUGCCAAAGCUGAGGCACGCUCCCGCGAGAAACAGGCCAAGAAAAACCAAAGUGCCGGCUCCUCUGCCACAAGCCUUUACGAGCUGGACACAGCUAGUGUUAGCCAGCAGUCUGAUAAAAGGGAGAAGCUCUCUUCGGACGGAAAUGCCAAGAAACUUACUGACCUACACAUCGAGAAUUUUGACAUCUCCUUCGGCAGCAGAGUCCUCCUGCAGAACGCAAGCCUCCACCUAGCUCUGGGGCGACGCUACGGUCUCAUUGGACGCAACGGCUACGGCAAAACCACCCUGCUACGCUCACUGGCCAAUGGCGACUUACGACUGCCCCAGGGAUUGACUGUUUUGCACGUGGAACAAGAGGUGAUUGGGGACAAGACACCGGCAAUUGAAAGUGUACUGGAAGCGGACAAGGAGCGCGCGAGUCUGCUAGCCCAGUUGGCCAAACUGAAGGCUGCCACUGACCCGGACGCAGUCUCCGAGCAGCUUGGCGACGUCUUCAACAAACUAGUGGCCAUCGACGCCGACAGCGCGCCAGCCAGAGCUGCUGCAAUCCUUCAUGGUCUUGGGUUCGACCCCGAGAUGCAGAAACGUCCUACGGAGGAAUUUUCCGGUGGUUGGCGAAUGCGUCUGGCAUUGGCUCGGGCUUUGUUUGCCAAACCAGACCUCCUGUUGCUUGACGAACCGACCAACAUGUUAGAUAUGCGCGCUAUAAUCUGGCUCGAGGGCUAUGUUCAGUCCUGGGCGGGAAUUAUGAUUGUGGUUUCGCACGACCAAGACUUCCUCAACGCCAUCGCCACCGACAUCAUCCACUUGACGGCGAAACGACUGGACAGUUACCGUGGCACCUACGACAACUUCGUGAAGGCCCGGGAAGAACGCCUUCUCAACGAGGAACGCGAGUACCUCGCACAGAAGGCUGAACGCGAGCACAUACAGCAAUUCAUCGACACGUUCCGCUUCAACGCGAAACGCGCCUCCCUCGUGCAAAGUCGCAUCAAGGCGCUCGAGCGAAUGCCGAAACUGACGCCUCCGGAGAAGGUCACUAAGGUGGUCUUUAAGUUGCCCGAGUGCGACAAGAUCCUCCAGCCCUUGGUCCAACUCGACGAGGUGGCGUUUCACUACGUGCCCGGCGCACCCAUCCUGGAACACGUCGAUCUCACCAUCAUGCACACCUCAAGGAUCUGCAUUGUGGGAGAAAACGGAGCAGGCAAAUCUACCCUCCUUCGAUUAGUGCUGGGCGACUUAACACCGACGAAGGGCCUGCGUCACACCCACCGGUCUCUUCGCACGGCCUACUUUUCACAACACCACGUCGACCAAUUGGAUCUCAACGUGUCUAGUUUGGAGUUUCUUGUGAAAAAGUUCCCCGGCGAAUCUGAGCAGCGCUAUAGGAGUCAACUGGCGUCAUUUGAAAUUGGCGCUCUACUCGCUCAGCAGCCAAUCGGAAGCCUUUCAGGGGGCCAGAAGUCGCGUGUUGCCUUCGCUGCCAUCUGCAUGUCCAAACCUAAUCUCCUAAUUCUUGACGAACCUACUAACCAUCUGGACAUUGAAACAAUCGGCGCUUUGGCCGAGUCGUUGAAAACCUUCAAUGGUGGAGUACUGCUGGUUUCCCAUGACGAGCGUCUCAUCUCGUCUGUGUGUACCGAGUGCUGGGUGUGCACGCGUUACCCCUUUGGCGGUCAAAAGGCUGCAGUUGGGGCCAGUCGUGUCUUCAUUCUACAAGGUGGUCUGGAUGAGUACAAGAAGGCUGUGCGCGCGCAACUUGAGGCUUCUUCCAUCUCCAAUCGAUAA